UCUCCCACAUUCCCUUUAUCUUUUUUCUUCUUUAACUGCUGCUUUCCUUCCUGAGUUCCUCUCAUAGAAAGAUUUGAGUACAAGUACUGGCACUGCUUGCAUGUUAGAUCAAACCUAACUUGCUGACCGUGGGCAGAGGUUAGAGAGAGAAAGAGAGAGACGGAGAGAGAGUCCGGGCAACGUGUGACUGUCGUGGUUGGGUGAGUGAGUCCGGUGGGUGGCCAAUAUAUCCAUCCCUCCGCGACUUCCCAAGUCUCCAUCCAAAGCUUUUGGUUUUGGGUCGGCCUUGGAUUUGGGGUAAAAAGCCUCCACAGAGAGAGAGAGAGAGAGAAAGAAGCCAAGCUGCAUCUCCUCCAAACACCACUUUAUUCUCUCUUCAAAUUCGAUACUUUGCUCAGUACCCACAACGAGGUGUUUUUGUUUUAGUUUUUUUUUUGGUUGCAGAGAGAGCCAAAACUCUCUUUCUCUCUCACUCUCUCUCUCUCUCUCUCUCUCCCUUCCUCUCUCUCUUUUAGGGUCUCCUACAUUGUCUCCUUCCAUCCUCAGAAUCUCAUUGUCUUCCUUCUACGCAUUCAGGGGGUCUGUCAUUCUCUCUCUCUCUCUCUCUCUGGUUCACUUUCAAAUUUGCUCUGUUUUCUGUUCCUCUGUUUCCAUCUGUUUUUCUCUCGACUCAACGCUGAAAAUAGGAAGUACAACGGAAAUUACUCAUCUGGGUUUUACCUUUGUGUUUACUAAAUGCCGAGAAACUGGGAUUUUCUUGGUUCCAUCAAUUGUUUUCUUCUCUUCAUUACCUGAAGAAACAGAAUAUGUUAGUUAGCCGCCCCGAUUGUUCAGUUCUACUCUCUUGUUAAUCAUUGAGCUUUCUUUCUCCCAUUGCUUUGAGGAGCAUAAACAAGCGGAUUUUCUCUUAUUUUUAGGUUCAUUCUGGAGAGAAAAACAAACCCAGUUUCUGGGCUUUUUUUUUUUUUUUUUGGUUCCUGAGAUUUGAUUUUACUGCAGAGUCUUAGUUCAUUUUUCCACAGUCAAACUAGUUGAAGAGCGGAUUGUAAAAAUAGAUAUCUGGAAAUCUGGAUAGCUAUAUGAAGUUUGUGCAACAAUGAGAGAUGGGAGUUCCAAGAAAAGCAAGCUUUCAUGGCCGAAGACAUUGGUCAAGAAGUGGUUCAACAUCAAAAGCAAAGCUGAGGACUUUCACGCAGACGAUGUCGUUUAUGGAGGUGGUGAUGAAGAGUGGAGGAGCAACUAUUCAGAGAGGGAGGCAUGCACAAUCAAGAAAAGCAAAACAGCGAGAUCAAACAAAAGGAACUCUGAUCGAAUCCGGCGGGGUAAGAUUGACCUUGAUACCUCACAAGUUACGGAUGUGCGUAAUUAUAGGCUUUUUGUAGCUACAUGGAAUGUGGCUGGAAAAGCUCCUCCUAGUAAUUUGAAUCUUGAAGAUUGGCUUCAUACCUCUCCUCCUGCUGACAUUUAUGUUCUUGGGUUUCAAGAAAUUGUUCCUUUGAAUGCUGGCAAUGUUUUGGGCACAGAAGAUAAUGGCCCAGCUAGAAAAUGGCUAGCUCUAAUUAGGAAGACCCUGAACAGUCUUCCAGGCACUAGUGGUGGAUGCCACACACCUUCACCAAUCCCUGAUCCAAUUGUGGAAUUAGAUUCUGACUUUGAAGGAUCAACAAGGCAGAAGGCUUCAUCUCUUUUCCAUCGUCGAUCAUUCCAAUCCUUGAGUCGGAGCAUGAGAUUGGACAACGACAUGGAAAUUCCACAGCCCCGACUUGAUAGGCGGUUUAGUGUUUGUGACCGAGUUAUGUUUGCCCACAGGCCAAGUGACUAUGACUUGAACUUCAGAUAUGGCUCCUCUGAUGAUGAGAAUGUACCUGGGGAUUCACCAGUGGCAUCAUAUUAUUCGCCAGUAUCCUACAGCGGGCCUUUGUCCAUGGAGGAUAGAGAUAGACAGUCAGGCCACUCAAGGUACUGCUUGGUUGCCAGUAAGCAAAUGGUUGGGAUAUUUCUAACCAUUUGGGUAAAGAGUGAUCUCAGGGACGAUGUUCGCAACAUGAAAGUGUCUUGUGUGGGAAGAGGACUGAUGGGUUAUCUUGGAAACAAGGGUUCAAUUUCAAUUAGCAUGUCUUUGCACCAAACGAGCUUUUGCUUCGUAUGUAGCCAUUUGACCUCUGGGCAGAAGGAGGGUGAUGAGCUAAGGAGAAACUCUGAUGUCAUGGAGAUCCUUAGGAAGACAAGGUUUCCCAGGGUUCAUGGCAUGGGGGAUGCGGCUUCCCCUCAAACAAUUCUAGAUCAUGAUCGAAUUAUCUGGCUAGGAGAUUUGAAUUACCGUAUUGCACUAUCUUACCGUUCUGCAAAGGCUCUUGUUGAGAUGCGCAAUUGGAGGGCAUUGUUAGAAAAUGACCAGCUGCGUAUAGAGCAGAGACGGGGGCAUGUCUUCGAGGGAUGGAAUGAAGGAAUAAUAUACUUCCCUCCUACAUACAAGUAUUCGAAUAAUUCUGAUAGAUAUGCAGGGGAUGAUAGGCAUCCAAAGGAGAAGCGAAGAACUCCCGCAUGGUGCGAUCGUAUAUUAUGGUGGGGUGGAGGCCUCCAUCAAUUAUCAUAUGUCCGUGGGGAGUCGAGGUUCUCAGAUCACAGACCAGUUUAUAGCAUAUUCUUGGCAGAGGUCGAGUCUUUAAACCGUAGCCGUAUAAAGAAAAGCAUGAGUUGUUCCAAUGCCAGGAUUGAGGUAGAAGAGCUGUUGCCAUAUUCACAUGGAUACACUGAACUCAAUUUCUUUUGAGGGACAGAAAUCUGAGUGAUUCACAUUCCAGUAUGGUACAACUUGAAACAAUGGAAGAAGAUGCUCUUCAAGGUAGUUUAGGUUACCACAGAUUUACUACAAACACAAAAUUCUUUGAUCAAAAUACAAGUUUCUCAGAUUUUCCAAUACCAAUUCGUCUCCUCAAUUCGGUCGGGACAGACAAGAAUCAUGAAUGUUUGACAUGGGCCAAACGGCUUUCUCACUUUUUACCCAAGUAAAUUCUUGAGCUAGUUGACCACAACUCCUGCAUCAAAAGUCCCCAUCUUGCAGGUCCAUGUGCUGCCAAGUACUUGGUUUCAAUGGCUAUAGAAACAUUCUGUUACCCAUACAAUCCAAAAGAAGGGUUGUCUGUUUUUCCUUUCCUAUUCUUGGCUUGGCUGUAAUUCUUCUUGCCUAUGCCUUUUGUCUAAUUCUGUCCAUGCUUAUCCUUGUCACAACAACAGGUACAGAAUUUGUGAUUUUUGUCAAUAAAUAGCCUCAGAAGUUUGUGGUUUACUAGUAUAUUCAAUCUUACCAAUAAGGAUGAACUUGCUCAGUCUCUCCAGAAUCACCAACUUCAUUUGGCUUGCAAUUUUAUUUUUUAUUUUUUUGGUUAAAGGGGAAAGAAAUAAUCUCAGGGUAGAUAUUUUGCACUGGGGAAAGAAUUAGAGAUGUAAACAGAAACUAGUUAAAAGUGAAAAAA